AUGAAUAAAAUAAUUAUUUUUUUAACUAUAGGUUAUUUAUUUAAUUUUUCAUUUGGUUAUAGUAAUAAUGUGUGUAAAUUAAACACCAAGCAAGGUCUAAUUGAUUUAUCACCAUUGACUUUACCAAAUGGUGGUUAUUUUUCAGGAUCAUUCAUUGAUUAUCCACCAAAAUCAUUCUCACUAUUUUUCAAUAUUUGUGGAUAUACACAAAGAUGUAAUAGUUUAGGAAGUAACAACUAUUUAACCAAUGCUCAAAGUUGUGCUUUUUAUCCACAAGAUGGUACUGCUCCACCAAUGGGUUAUACUGAUAAAAGUGAAAUUACUCAAAUUUCAAAUGGUGUUUCUUUAUCAUAUUAUGGUGGUAAAAAUGGUACAACUCAAUUAGACAUAUACUGCGAUCCAUCCGCUAAAACUUUAAACAUCUAUGAUUGUAUUAGAAUUAAUACAUAUGUUCCAUUAUAUCAAUGUUCAAUGUAUUCAAUGCAUGCUUGUCCAAUUAAUCCAACUACAACCUCAACACCAACCUCAACACCAACACCAACCUUAAGCUCAACACCAACACCAACCUUAAGCUCAACACCAACACCAGAAGGUCUAAAACAUAAAUGUAUUAUUAAUAAUGAAGGUUUAAGUUUUACAUCAAAUAGUUCAAUUACUUGUAAUUAUAAAAAGAAUUCUCAAAAAAUUUUAUGUAAUUCAAUUGGCGUGGAAUGUGAAUUUGUUUUUUAA